AUGUGCGAUCGCAGCACCAAUCGGAAACAUCGUAGGCCGGCUAAAAAUAAAGUAAAGCUGACGUCACUGCAAUGUCGGAUGGCGUCCGACAUACGAGCGGAACGGCAAAAUAGCAAUGUCGGACGAUGUCCGACAUACGAGUGGAAAGGUGUAACCGAAGAAACUAUUGCAGUGUGCUUGACGAUAUCGGACGAUGAAGAGCUGCUCGGCCUCGCUCACGCUCACGCUCAACCACUGGAGGAAAACUUCCACUCCGAUUCCAACAGUCAACUAUCCUCUUGCGACAAAGAGCCGGUCAUCACAGAUGAGAUGAUUACAGAGCAGAAACAGUCUGUCAGUGGAGGUGGCGGUGAUAUGGAAUUGGCACUAGACAAUGCCAGUGCUGAUGAGAAGACGUUCUUGCAGUGCCGUACAGUCAGGAUAGGCUCCUACAAGGUUGUUCCCAAAGAUAAGGUUCUUAUUACUCCUCAUGGCCUUAAAGUUACUGUACCAGUUUUAAAUUCUGACCAGUCUGUAGAAUUGAAGAUUUUGUACAAUGAAAUAAUCAAAGUGCUUAUUCAUUUUGGAAGACAAAUGCCAGUACUGUUCUUCUACACCAGGCCUGCUGCUGCUGCCAAGAUUAGAAAAGCUUUGAAAAUGGAUGAUAAAAAUGGUUUCUAUUAUGACAGUAUGAGCUCAAAUGAAACACAUAGGAGAAUCACAUUCCUGCCAGACAAGAUUGACGAGGAUUGCAAACAAACUUUAAAAACUAUUUUUAGUAAUCCUGAAAAUAAUGUGUUUGCUGAAUUAUCUGGGAAAGAGGCUAAUGACAUUCUUGUGAAAGCUUCUCCCAAAGAGGUUCAAGCAUUUAUCUUAAAGAAACAACCCAACCAGCAGCAGCAACAACAGCAGCAGCAGCCCCAACCCUUUAAUGGACAAAAUAUUCAAACUAUUAUGGUUUACCCUCCUCCACCAGAAAAAGGUGGAAUUCCUAUCAACACUGAAGAUUAUGCCUGCCUCGGAGAAGAUCAGUUCCUAAAUGAUGUCAUUAUUGACUUUUAUCUCAAAUAUGUGGUAGAGAAGACACUGUCACCUGAAGAUCGUGCCAGGACACACGUGUUCAGUUCAUUCUUCUACAAACGACUGACAACCAAACCACCUCCCAAACGGAAGUCAAUGAAUCCUGUUGAGAAUGAUCCUACGGCCAGCCCUGCAGCCAAACGCCACUCUAGAGUUAAAAGCUGGACUAAAAAUGUCAAUUUAUUUACCAAAGACUUUAUUGUGAUACCUAUUAAUGAAAAUUCCCAUUGGUUCCUAGCUAUAAUCUGCUUUCCUGGUCUGACGGGUCCAGUAAGGUUUAGUGAUAACACUCCCAUUGACUUACCUGGCAGGAAGAAAAAGAAACCUAAUGAUAAGGCAGCAGUGGAUGUGCUUUCAGGCAAGCACACUGUGACUAUUGGGUCAACGACAAUCACAGCAGUGUCGCCCUCAGCAACACUGGACGAUGUAGAGGACAGGGACGAGGCAGAUGGUGAGGAUGAGGAUAUGGAUGUCCCCGAUGAGGAUGAGGAUGGAAGCCAGAAGCCAAGUGUUCCAGAAAUUAAAGAAGAGCCUGUGGAGGACGAACAAGUCGCAAAUCGAAAAAAGCAAAGAGAGCCAAUUAAGCAGCCCUGUAUUCUGAUAUUUGACUCUCUGGCUGGGGCAUCACGGUCGAGAGUGGUUGCAACACUGAGGGACUACCUGCGGGUCGAGUAUGAGGUCAAGCAUGGAGAGACCAGGGAUUUCAGUGGUGAUGUCAUGAAAGGCACCAACCUACGCUGUCCACAGCAAACUAAUUAUACGGACUGUGGCCUCUAUGUGCUACAGUAUGUUGAGGCAUUCUUCUUGUGGCCAGUAACAGACUACCACAUCCCAAUAAAACAACUACAAGACUGGUUUAAAGCAGAUAUUGUCAGUAGGAAGCGCUAUGAUAUACAACAAUUACUGCACAGAUUGAUGCAAGAACAAGGCAUUGACAUAGAGGCCCUCAAUCUUCCAUUGCUGAAUCUGAGGCCAGAGGGUAAACACUUAGUAGAAUACUCUGGUACGGAGGAAGAUGAAGACGAUGAAGAAGAAGAGGAAGAAAUGGGCGAUGAAGAAGAAGAUGACAUGAUGGAGGAUGAUGGAGAAUAUAAUGAUGAAAUGGAAAAUGAACAUGAAGAAAUGGAAGAAGGUGAGAUCGGACAUCAUGACGAAGAUGAUGAAGAUCCAGAUCAAUUUUUAGACCCAAAUAUGGAUCAUGAAGAUCAAGAAAUAGAUGAAGAAGAUUAUGUAAUGGAAGAUGAGGAGGAAGAACUGCAAGAAGAGGAUGGGAUGGUUGAUAAAGAACUAGACGAUUUAACUCUUGCACAUAUGGGUGGACCUUUGAAAAAGAAAGACUUGAAACAUUAUCGUAUCCCAAGACUGGUAAAAAAUGACAUGAUAAAUAACUCAUUUAAGGAAGAUUAAAUGGGAAUUGUGUAAAACGCUUUCUAAUUGUUCACAUUAUGUAUGUGUUCUGUGCAGUGAUCAGUCACAUCUUGUAAUCAGUCGUGACUAAUAUUGGGGUAUAAAUGAAAACAUCUCUGUGAUUAUUCUAAUUUUAUUACAAAUAUGAGUAUGCCUUUAAUUAAAUAAGUGAAUCGUUUCAGAUUUGAGAAAGGCUCCAAUUCAGGAAGGUUAAAACAACUUGAGUAAACAGCAAGACUUAUCUAAAUGGAGCAAGAACAAGUGGAAUGGAGUGUAAAGUCACAGUAAACAUUGAAUUUCACCAGUACUAAUGGUUUCAUUUCACCUACAUUUUUUGUUAACUUUCAACCCUCCCACCUGCUCUAAGGAGCCAAUAGUAACAGCAAUACAUCAAUACUUAUUGUGAGAUCUUGUGUGUACUUUCCAUUUCUCCGUUUAGGUAAGUCUUGCUGGUUUUCUACAAAUUGUCUUAACUAAGUUGAGUUAAGACAAUAUUUAUCUUACCAUAACUUAUUGUUUAUUGUUAAUUUGAAAAUCAUCACAUAAAGUAGUUUUACUAAUAUUUUAUGAAUUUUUAAACAAAAUUAAAAAUGUUAUUUGCAGAAAACUCUUUGCAAGCAUGGUCCUGGUAUUUACAUUUGAUAAAGUUAAAUAUGAUCUAUUCAGUGUGAUGUGUAUUGUUAGCUGAAUCACAUUGGUUGUGCUUAAAAUUUAUUGUUAUCCAUUGACGUUGUUGCUAACUGUUAAUUAAAUAUACUAUAAAUUUCAUCUUCAGUAAUUAACAAGUGAACAUUAUUAUACUUAAUUAUGGGUGCAUUAUAAGAAAACUGUUUGUUUUAAUUUUUAAAGUCAUUGUAAUUUUCUGAAGUCUCAUGGUUUUUUUAGUAGUUAUAAAACUACACAGUUCUUUAACUUUAUAUAAAUGAACUGUUAGAUUAAAAAUGUCGUGUUCUGAAUAAUAAAUGUACAAUUUUAAUAAUAUUUUUAAUGACAUUUAGAGGUUGGUGGCUAGUAAUAGAAAUAUCGUACAGAAAGUAUGACAUAUCUAAAUCUAUAAAAUAAAAGAUUAUAACAUA